AAGCAAUAAGUAUUUUAAUCUUAUCAAAUUCAUUUGAUAUAUCCAAUUUAUCGUUAUAUAUCAGGAAACCUUUGACCCUCGUUUAUUUUCUUUAAAAUGUCACCUGUGAUUCCAACUGUGACCAGACUCUCAAGUAGAAUUAUACGGAUAUUAGGAUGUAAUCCCGGGCCCAUGACCCUACAAGGGACGAAUACAUAUUUAAUUGGAACCGGAAAAAAUCGCAUUUUAUUAGACACAGGUGAUAAAAAUGUUUCCGAGUACCAGAAAAAUUUGAAAGAUGUGGUACAGACGGAACAAGUUAAUAUUGAGCAUAUAGUUCUUACGCAUUGGCACCAUGAUCAUAUCGGAGGGGUUGAGGACCUAUAUGGAACUAUUGCUAAACAACCAAAAAUAUGGAAGCACAAGCGAAGUGCAGAGGACAAUAAAGAUGACUCAUUAUCAGUGCCUAUAAAUUGGUUGUCCGAUGGCCAACAAAUUGAGGUUGAAGGUGCAACUGUCAAGAUACACCAUACACCAGGACAUACAACUGACCAUGUUGUACUUACUUUACUCGAAGACAAUAUAUUGUUCAGUGGAGACUGCAUCUUAGGUGAAGGUACUGCAGUAUUCGAAGAUUUAUAUACUUACAUGAAAAGUCUUAAUAAAAUAUUAGCUUUGAAUCCAAAUGUCAUAUAUCCUGGCCAUGGUAAUAUUGUUGAGGAUCCUAUAGAGAAAAUAGAAUACUACAUUGCUCAUAGGAAUUUAAGAGAGAAUCAAAUUUUGGAAACAUUGAAAAAUAACUCUGAGAAACAGCUUACAGAAAUAGAUCUGGUCAGGAUAAUCUACACAGAUACUCCGGAACAUUUGUGGCCGGCCGCAGCUUAUAACGUCAACCAUCAUUUACAAAAACUUACCAAAGAAAACAAAUUAAAAGAAAUUGAAGUUGACGGCGAAAAAAAAUGGCAAUAUUUAGUAUCGUCUAAUUUAUAAACAUCUUUUAACUUGGGUUUGUUAAAUUUUUAUAUUGGAUUCGGAAUUUAUUC